AUGAUUGAUAAUUUUACAAUUCUUACAAAAGGAGGAUUGGUACUUUAUAGUUUUACUGGAUUUGCAUUGAAUGGAAAUCCUAUCAAUGAAUUAAUUCGAUCAGUAUUGUUGGAAGAUCGUCUCUCCGAUAAGACAUUUAACUAUCAAAAUGAAUAUUUGCUGACAUGGCUUCAAGAAAAUGAAUUUGAUCUUAUUUUCGUAGUUGUUCAUCAAAUUGCAAUUCAAAUUACAUUUAUUGAUACUCUCUUGGAAAAUAUUAAAAACAAAUUCACUUCAACAUUUAAGAAAGUACUUCAAGAUGCUAAAGGAAAAGGAAAGGGUAUGUCAGUCCUCAGUGAACACGAAUUUUCCUUUGAUAAGGAAUUUACAAAGAUUUUGAACAAUCUUGAAGAAAGAUCGCGAGAAGAAAAACAAUUGCAAAAGGAAGGUUUGCUCAUCAGACAAUAUAGAAAGAAGGACGACGAAAAGAAGGAUGAAUCGACAAAUAAUGAAGAGGAAAAGAAAAAGACAACCUUUAUUGAAAAGCAAAUUCAAAAAGGUGAAGAAAUGCUCCAAACAAGUUCACCAAAACAAAUGUCCAAAUAUGAAAAGAAGAAGGAUAAGAAAGCAGCCACACCAACCACCACCCAAAUCGAAGAAAGUGAUUCGGAAGAGGAGGAUGAUGAAGCUCAAACACCAAAAUCAGCCACAGAAAUGAAUGAAAAUGUUAAGGCCAAUAUUGAACAAAUGAAGAAACGUUUCGGAAAAUUCAAGGGAGUCAACAUGGCAAAGAAGGGUUCCAAGAAGAAUGUUACAGAACCAUCCACUCCUGAAGAUGAAAAUUCCAUCCCAACAGUUCAAAUGAAGGAAAAGCCAAAGAAGGUUGCCACCAACUGGGAUCAAUUUGAUACCACCUACACUAAGAAGAAGGCCGAAAAUAUUGACUUUUCAAAGAAGACAAAAACUGGUGAUGAAAAUGGCUCACCAGAAGAUGAUCUUCAACGUCACAAGGAAAAGUACAUGCCAAAUCCAAAUCAAAUGACUGAUAUUGAUGCCGAUAUUUAUGAUUCAAGCAGUGAAGAAGAAGAGGAAAUUGAUGAAAAACCAAAGAAGGGUAACAUUUUCUCUACCUUCUUCUCCAAUUUGACUAAUGGUAGAACUCUUACAAAGGAAGAUCUUGAUCCUGUCAUGGAAGAUUUCAAACAAUCACUCAUGAAGAAGAACGUUGCUCAAGAAAUUGCAGUUAGCAUUUGUGAUUCAGUCUCUGAAAAUUUGGUUGGUAAAAAGUUGGGUACCUUCUCCUCCAUUAAGAGUGAAGUCACUAAGGCUAUGGAAGAAGCCCUCACAAGAAUCUUGACUCCAAGCAGAACUAUUAACAUUCUCAAGGAAGCCUCAACUGUCAGAGAACAAGGCAGACCAUAUGUUAUUGUCAUGUGUGGUGUCAAUGGUGUUGGUAAGAGUACCACCUUGUCAAAGAUUUGCUAUUGGUUACUUCAAAAGGAAUUCUCUUGUUUGAUUGCUGCUUGUGAUACUUUUAGAUCUGGUGCUGUUGAACAACUUCAAGUCCAUGCUAGAUGUUUGAAUGUACCAGUAUUCCAAAAGGGUUAUGGUAAGAAUGCUGCCUCUCUUGCUAAGGAAGCUAUCAACCAUGCAAAGAAGAAUGGUUUUGAUAUUGUACUUGUAGAUACAGCUGGUAGAAUGCAAGAUAACGAACCAUUGAUGAAAUCUCUCAUUGAAUUGAUUCAAGUCAAUACUCCAGAUCUUGUCUUGUUCGUUGGUGAAGCUCUCGUUGGUAAUGACGGUAUUGACCAAUUGCAAAAGUUCAACUCUUCACUCAAGGUUUUGGCUAGCUCUGAAAAUGCUGCCACCAAGCAAACUAAGGAUUUAAUUGAUGGUAUCGUCUUGACCAAGUUUGAUACUAUUGAUGAGAAGGUGGGAGCUGCAGUUUCAAUGGUUCACAAAACUGGUCACCCAAUUGUAUUUGUUGGUGUUGGUCAAACUUAUACCGAUUUGAGAACACUCAAGGUUGAAUCAGUAGUGAAAUCCCUCCUUAAAUAAUGUAAAUAAAAUUAGUGAUGGAUUG